GACGGAAAAAGUCGAAAAACUAAACUUCCUCUCCACAAACACUAUCCGGUCAGCGGAGACUUUACAUCCUAUAGAAACCGGCAAGUCAAGUUCCGCCUCUUGUCUGCCAAACUCAGGGUUCUAUUGGCUUAUUCUGCUGUUGCUACUCUAGAGGGCCUUUUGAUUGGACUUUCAGAACGCCACUGAGCCCGUUUCCUUCAUUUCGAUUGGCCAAAGUAGGCGCCACUUAACCCACGUCCGCGUCAUGUGGUUAUCUAAACAUGGCCGCCACCACUGCUUGUAGAAACGCCGUGGAUCACGACAUGUUUUUAAAGAAAGCGAUCUCCGUCGCGUCCCCCUUGACUUUGCACAUCAUCGCAGAGUGUCCGGUGACCAAAGCAAGAGCGUGUGACCUGAAGCUGCCGCACUGCACCGUCAACACGCCGGUGUUUAUGCCGGUGGGUACUCAGGGGACCAUGAAGGGAAUCACGGCGGAUCAGCUGGAGGCUCUGGGCUGUCAGAUAUGUUUGGGGAACACAUACCACCUGGGAAUGAGGCCGGGGCCUGACCUGAUUGAAAAGGCCAAUGGCUUGCAUGGAUUUAUGAACUGGAAAAGAAACCUUUUAACGGACAGUGGAGGGUUCCAGAUGGUGUCUCUUGUUGAACUCUCCGAGGUCACAGAGGAAGGGGUCACUUUCAAGUCCCCUUAUGAUGGCGAAACCAUCCUCCUGAGUCCUGAGAAGUCCAUCAGCAUACAGAACAGUCUUGGGUCAGACAUCAUGAUGCAGUUGGACGAUGUGGUCAGCAGCACAGUGACGGGGCCGCGGGUGGAGGAGGCCAUGCACAGAUCCAUUCGCUGGUUGGAUCGUUGCAUCGCGGCCAAUAAAAAUCCAGACAAACAGAACCUUUUUGCCAUCAUCCAGGGUGGGCUGAACGCCGGGCUUCGGAAAACCUGUCUAGACGAAAUGACUAAACGCAACGUCCCUGGUUUUGCCAUCGGAGGCCUGAGUGGAGGUGAAGAGAAGGAUGACUUCUGGAGGAUGGUGACCCUCAGCACGGACCACCUCCCCCGAGAAAAGCCUCGCUACCUCAUGGGCGUAGGAUAUGCUGUGGAUUUGGUGGUAUGCGUCGCUCUUGGGUGCGAUAUGUUCGACUGCGUGUUUCCCACCCGGACUGCUAGGUUUGGCUCUGCAUUGGUGCCCUGGGGAUCCUUGCAGGUGAAACAGAAGCAGUAUGCCAAAGACUUCCAGCCCAUUGACCCUGACUGCCAGUGUCCCACAUGCACAAGACACAGCCGGGCGUACCUGCAUGCUCUUUUUAAGAGCGACACGGCAGCCAUGCAUCAUGUCACCAUCCACAACAUCGCCUACCAGCUCAACCUGAUGCGCUCCGUGCGACAGAGCAUCGUGGAAGGCCGCUUCCCGGAUUUUAUACGGACGUUUAUGCAGCGAAUGUUCCCCUCCCGCGACCAGUACCCCAGCUGGGCCGUGGACGCUUUGGCCUCCGUCAACAUCACUUUGGAAUAACACCUCGGAGACCAUCUGUUUUUAUUGUGCUGCACAGGCAUAAACUGUGACAGAUUUUUAUAUCUUUUUAAAUGACUUUUCUUUUCUUUUUUUCUUUUUUUUAAACAUGUUUUAAACGGACAAUGGUUUUCUACUUUGUUUAUGUGUGCAUUACCCAUUUUGUGGCUGCAUGGGCGCUUGGGGAAAAGGCAGCUUUAGCUCAGCAGGAUGGAGCUUUAUUUUGUGGUGCAGCUUGUGCAAAUUGUCCUCUGAGUGCACGUUAUGAUAAUAUGCGACUGGAUGGGGUUGAAACGAGCGUUGUGAAAACACACCAACGGCGUCGUCGGGUGUGCUUACAUUUUUGUGUUGUCGCCAUGGUUACGCGGACAGGCCCACCCACUUGAAAUGUUCUUUUUUUUUUUUGCCGGCGCCUGUCAACCCUUUUGCACGUUUCCGUGGAUGAACACGAUAAAGGCGACGCGUCAUUAUCCCCGCCAGCUCGAGAUGAAUAAAAUGUAUUUUGGCACAGAGACGAGCCCUUGACAACAAAAUGUGUGCUUGUCUGACGGCCAGCAGAGGGCAAAAUUUCAACAUGGAUCACCUUGUAAUGUACACACAAAACUGUCUGAAGAUGAAAGGGCGGGUAAACAUUGACAUUCACACUCAGGGAUCAGCAUCUAUCCAAUUAGAACGCAUUCAUUUUGGGCUGAGGAAUAAUGCUCACUUGAGGAUAAUUACGAGUGAUUCCAAAAGACACCUGUUGCCUUUGUCCUCUUUCACACUUCAUUUGCAUUUCAGUGUUUGAAUGACCACAAGCUCCAAUGCCAAGCAAAGCACUGACGCUGCACCGCUCAAGCAGCAAAUACUGUGAUUAAACACACUAAAAGUACGUUUACAAAUUGCAUUUUUUUCCCUUCCAAAUUCUUCCACAUUCUGUCCGUGACUCUGUGAUUAUGAUAUAUCUUAAUUAAUCGCAGGAUUAUUCUUCAGGAGGUUGUUUAUUUUGAGGCGAGACGGAACACUCUGGGCUUAGUUGGCAAGCCGUGCAGAAUCGUGUCACCGGGCCUCGGAAAGUGUUUAUGCACCAAAGGGUUUUACCAAAAUUAAUUGGACGUGUUGUCAUGUAUCAGGGCCCCAUUUCAGCAAACCAACAUGGCAAAUUGUGCUCGUUAAAAGCGCAGCAGCAACAUUUAAGAACGGCGGUUGUGAUGGACGUCGAUGCUGGGCGUGACACCUUCAAGGGACCACAUGGAUGUUAACCGCUGAUGGUUUCCUCCUAAUGAGGCGCAGGUGUCGAUGGAGGAUGCUUGAUUAUUGUACCUAUUGUGUGACUUCAUAAUCAUUCAACAUUCCAGCACAACAUAUUCAGAUCCAAUACAGCCACUUAAGAGAUUAUAAUGCCUGAUUUUGACUGACAUGGAAGGCAUGCCAGAAAAUGUCCCUUGGGAUACAUGGUGGCCAUCUACAACCAUGGGGGAGACUUGUCGAUACUGUACAGAUACAGAAAUGCUCAGCAGUUAACAGCCUACAUCUCAAUUUUUUGGUACCUCUUUCAUAUCAUUCUGUUUUUUUUUUUUGUUAUUAACCUCAUGCUCCCAGUACUGGGGGCAACAGUGCUCUGGCUGUAUAUACAAACUGACACUAUAGUCAACAAACCCAGGCAUAAUUGGGGCCCGAAUGUGCCAAAUAGUAUUCCUCCAGUAGAUGUUACAUGUUUUUGCUAGGAUGUCUCAAAAUGUUACUCGCUACUUUGUUACACAGGUGGUGAUCAGAUGAUGUUUUUAGCAUUUCAUGAGGUUCUUGUUAGACUGCAACAGCUUAUUUAUAAAGUCCAUAAAAGUUUAUCAAAUUCAGUGGAAAACGUUUGAACAUACCCCUGGCAGAGAGCUUGGCCUGGGGCCAUUGCGGUUCAUUUUUCACACAUUGUAGAAAUAAAAUUAAACAAAAAAAAAAAAAAUAGAGCAAAAAAGGUACAAUAUUAAGAGGAAAAAGCUGCCCGUUUUCGGUUGAUUAGGUUUUUGACAAAUUUUCGCCCAAACUUUGCAUCGAUUCUCGUACACUGUCUGUUAUUGUACAGGGUCAGGCAAAAUGAUCUGACACAUUUGUAGGUUAAAUAAAAGGCAAAUAAAGUAAAGAAACCAAAAAGU